AUGAUUAGAUUAUUGAUACCUUCAAGGACAUCAAUAUUCUACCAACCACAAAGUCUUAGAUCCACCAGACUUUUAACGUCAAUAACCAAAUUCGAUACAAAGAAGUUCGUUGACAGUUUACAGAAUAAUGGAGGAUUUACACAACAACAAGCAGAAACCGCUGUCAAUAUUGUAAAUAAAGCCAUAAAUGAUGGGAUUUAUUCAAUAACAAGAAAUUUGGUCACGAAAGAGAGUUUGUCAUCAACUGCAUAUGAACAAAAAGUUGAUUUUGCUAAAUUAAAAGGAGAAUUACAAACUAUGGAUAAGUCUGAAUUUAAUAAUUUAAAGAAAGAAACAGAAAACUUAAGAACUGAUUUAACCAAUUUGAAAAACAGAUUGAAAGAAGAGAUGACAAAGAAUCAAGCAGGUGUUAGGUUAGAUUUAAAUUUAGAAAAAGGUAGAAUAAGAGAAGAAAGUUCCAUUCAUGAACUGAAAAUUGAAGAUACUUAUACAAGAAUUGAUGAAGAAAUAUCUAAUAUUCAAAUGCAAAUAAAAUCUACAAAAACUCAAGUUAUGCAAUGGUUAAUUGGGGUCGGGUCUGGUACUUUUGCUCUUUUCUUAGCUUUUGUAAGAUUUUUCGGUUAA